GCCGCAGCAGUAGCAGCAGCAGCAGUAGUGACGUCACACUCAACACGUCAGUCUUCAGUCCCUCCAAGAUGGCAGAGGAUGGUCCUUCAAAAUCUGACAUCGAAGCUGUUUUCAGGCGACUCCGAGCCGUUCCUACCAAUAAAGUUUGCUUCGAUUGCAGUGCAAAGAACCCUACUUGGGCCACUGUCACCUAUGGAGUGUUUAUUUGCAUUGACUGCUCAGCAGUGCACCGAGGCCUUGGGGUGCAUCUCACCUUUGUGCGGUCCACUCAACUGGACACCAACUGGACCUGGCUGCAGCUGAGGAACAUGCAGCUUGGAGGCAACACCAAUGCUAGAACAUUCUUCCACCAGCACAACUGUACCACCAGUGAUGCCCAGCAGAAGUACAACUCCCGGGCUGCUCAACUCUACCGGGAGAAGCUGUCCCAGAUGGCCCAACAAGCCAUGAGGAUCCAUGGUACUAGGAUGAACCUUGAUGCUGCCCAAACCCAAAGCCUGGCUGGUCCAGUUGGCCUGUCAAGUCAGGGCUUCCUUGCAGCCAGUCAUCCCAAACUCAUGGGGGUUAACAUUGAUGUUGCCCAGCCUGAACCUCAAGAAGAGAAGAAGGAAGUGGAUUUCUUUGAAGACCAUGCGAGCCAUGCUGCUCCACCCUCUCCUGAUGUGCUUGCUGCCCCACCCACUCUAGCCACUCUCAAGAAUUCUAAUCUGAACAAUGGGACAGAAGAGCCUGUAGGUGCCCCAAAUGUAGAGGCAGCCCUCAAUAUGUCAGCCACAGAUGCCCAGAAGCUGGCCUCUGAACCACGGAAGUCAACCAUUGGCCAGCGAAAGCCUGCCUCCAAGGUGGACAUCAGUGGGGCAUCCCUCAAGCUUGGAGCCAAAAAGGCAGGAGGACUUGGAGCUCAGCGUGUCAAAAAGGAUUUCAGUGCAAUAGAAAAGGAGGCUGCUCGCAAUGACCAGUUGAGACAGGAAGCCAAGCAAUUGUCCAAAGAGGAGCAGCAGCAGUCGUUACAAAGCCUUGAGCGUGCCUAUGAAGAUAUGAGUCUGGCUGGAAAGCGUGAGGAGGAAAGAAUGAAAAGAACUGAUCCCAUGAAGGCACAGCAGGCAGAGCGACUAGGUAUGGGUUUGGGGGUCAGGAGUGGUGCCUCUCACAGCAUGUUUGGGGAGAUGAAGACAAUCAGCCAGGAGACACCCUCUAGCUUGAAGUCCAAUACAUCUAGCCUUGGCAACAACAACUCCUCCAGCUUUAGAGAUGAAGAUAUUGAUGAUGACUUUGAAACCAUCAUUAGGUUUUCUUCAGGGCCCCCAAAGUACCGGGAUAGUCCCUUUGAAGACCAGGGUAACUUUGGCUUCUCCAGCAAGGGUCCAGGUAUUGAUGACCUUCUCAACAACAAACCCUCACCUGCUCUGACCUCCUCCUGGGACAAUGAAUUUGACAAGACCAACAAUUCAUCUUCAAACUCAUCCACAAAUAUGAGCAAUCUCUCUUCUAGUAAAGUUUCAGCAUCAGCCAACUACAAAUUCAACCCUGUGGAAGAUAACCAGGCCCAGCAAAAGUUUGGCAAUGCUAAGGCUAUAUCCUCAGACAUGUUCUUCCAUGACCGUGAUCCCAAUAGUGAGAUGCGCUCCACCCUGGCUCGGUAUGAAGGCUCCACCUCCAUCUCCUCAGCAGACCUCUUUGGUGGUGGCCAGACCCAGAGACAGAGCUACAGUGGUGGCUCCCUUCAGGCCCCAGACCUGGAUGAAGUGCGAGAGUCUGUCCGGCAAGGUGUGACCAAGGUGGCUGGCCGGCUGGGGAACCUGGCAAACAACGUUAUGUCCUCUCUUCAGAGAAAAUGAUGACACGGUUAGACUAGAUCGCUACCUCUAAAGACCUUGGACCUUGCAGUGAUGUGGGGACACAUGAUCCCUCGCCCUGUCAUUUUUGUGUCGUCUUCAUUUUUAUUGUUAGUGCAAUCUUGAAAAAUAUUAUAACUUUCUGGUGAGUCACAUCACAUCACCCUUAGAAACAUUGGCAGUUUCAUCAUGUAUUUACAAAACCUAAGCAAAAAAAAAAAAAAAAAAAAAAAAAAGAUGCAAAUGUAUCUGCUUCCCAUAUCACUGUUUCAUUUUUUUGAUACUGCUUUUUGUGAUACAGCACAUAUCUUCAGUCACAUAUAUAGUAUGCAUUUCAGUUGGAAAUUUGUACAAUAUAUUUUAUUUGACAUUUCCUUGUUUGGUCAUUGUUAUUAGUGUUUGUACAGAGGAUAUAGCUAGGUAAAGUUAGAUAUUCAUAUCUGAGAAGGGGGAAAUUAAAUUGUUUUAGUUUCAAACUAACUACUUGACUGAUGAUGUCUUCACUUUUAUUAUGAUGAAGAUAUGUCAUUUUGAGAGAUGGUAGGAAACACUGAGUGGAUUGGGUGGUUGUAUAGGGCAGACUAUUAUUGUAGAAAAGGGUUUCAGAGUGGGGCGUGACCUUCAAGUCUACCAUCCUUCUUACACAUACACCUAUUUUGGAAAAUGUGUAAAAAUUCUGCAGGUAUUUGGUGGUUCUGUGGUCUUCAGUGUUGCAAAUUUGAGUGCUAGUAAAUAUCAGUGCACUGCUACCAUGUAUUGUUCAACGUUAUACAGUAUCCAAGUUUUAAAGAGAUAUGGUUCACUAAUUGAAGUUUUCAUGGUAAACACCUUGAUUACCAUAUUUGGACUUUUUUUUCAGACAAAGUAAAGCUUAAAGAAAAAUCAUAUUGUGUAUGUAUAGUGUAGACUUCACUAUUACUUUAAAGUCAUUAGAGAGUUAGUAGAAUAUAAACUUACUUCUCUUUAAUUUCUUUUAUUAUCAGUUCAUGUUUUCUUCAUUCCUGUGGUUGACUUGAAUGAGUUGCUCCCUAAAGCCUCCCUGGACCAAAUUUUUAAAUCAUUCCUCAGUAUUUGAAAGGGUAGCACCAUUAACACAUUAGCACCUGAAGAAGUGAUGUAACACUAGGAGUGUUACCAGACCACAUAUAUCCACCUCUUUCUGUACUAGAUAUUUUAAAGGGUUUAUUGAUCAAAAUUCUGUGCCAUCUGUUUGCAGUUUGUAUUUUGAGGAAUUAAUGUUUUUUUAGUCAUGCUCAUUUUAGCUUUAGUAAUUUCUGAUAUUUAUCCAGUAAUCAUAGGGAUUGGGAAUAAAAGAAGAUUUCCA